AUGCCAGGGCUGGGGUCGGCUAACUCCAACUCCACUCAGCAGCAGCCACAGCUGCUGCAGCAGCAGCCGCUGCAGCAGCUGCAGCAGCAACAGCUGCAGCAGCAGAAGCAGCAGCACCAAAUGUGUGCGAGCACCUUGCAGAAGGACACAACGGCAGCAGACAAAUCGGGAGCCCCUGGCAGCAGCAGCAGCAGCAGCAGCUGCUGCAGCCACAAGGCCAGCUCGAAGGAGAACAUUUCUUGCUGCAACAGCAGCAGCGCCUGCAGCAGCAGCAGCAGCGCCUACAGCAGCACCAUCGCCUGCAGCAGCAGCAACGCCUACAGCAGCACUACCGCCUGCAGCAGCAGCAACGCCUACAGCAGCACUACCGCCUGCAGCAGCAGCAGCGCCUACAGCAGCACUACCGCCUGCAGCAGCAGCAGCAGCAGCAGCAGCAGCAGCAGCAGCAGCAGCAGCAGCAGAAGGCGAGACAGCAGCGAGCAGGCGCAGCCCUCAGCCAUUGAAGAAGAUGUCUCGCUGCAGUGCGGCCUCCACGCCUACCGCUUUUCUCUGAGGGACUUCGACAUUGGCGGUUAUCUACUGCCGUCGGUUUUGGCCGUGUGA